AUGAAGGAUACUAACAUUUGUAUUUGUCGGAAGAAUAAUUUUGUGAAUUUCAGUGCUCAUGAAAUUUUGAUAGAUUUGUGCAAAAAGUAUACCGAACAAAAAGUGAGUGGAGAUUUAUGCAAUCGUUUAUGCUACUGGAGAAAUUGGGAUGUUCAAAAUAUCUAUGAAAGAAAUAAGGUUGUAAUCAUUAUCAAAGACGGUGGACAAGAAGUUAUUCUUAAAAGUAAUUAUCCUUGGAUUGACGAUUUUGAUUUUUUGGAUCCACGCAUCAAAGAAAAUGACUUUUUUAACGCUGUUCUUGGUCUUGUUAAUUAUAAUUUGAGGCUUGAUUGGCCUGAACACUACAAACAGCAUUUAAUUGAAACUGUUUGGCCUGUAUAUGCUCGUAAAUACCGUAGUCGUUUAUCAGAUGCAGAUCGUCGAAGUUUGUGGGCCCUUCUUUCUCAAGACGAAUAUAUAACAUUUCGAUUAUUACGCUCAUUGGGUGUUACACCUAAGAUUAUAGGCUCUUGUGGGCAUUUUUAUCAAGUCGAAAAAUUGGUACCGUUCCACAUGAAGAAAUUUUAUUUGAAUUUGAAAGCCAAAAUACUACGUCAUCUAAUGGGUACUUUGAAGUUACUUGAUGAAUUCUUAAAUGAACCAUUACAAUGGUGUGAUGUGAAAUUUGAUAACUUGGGGCUUUCUGCUGAUUAUCCAAAAAGGUUCUUAGUUUUAGAUGCAGAUAUGCUUUAUACUAAAUCACGUUUGAAAAUGUUACUAACUAAUCGAAGAUGUGAUAAAGAUUCUGAUUGUCACUUUUUUGAUUGCCAUGCUAAAUGUAUUAAUGAAACUAAAUUUUGUAGUGAUCGUACGAACAGCAAUUUGCACGUAUUUUGUAAGAAGCUUAUUCAUGAAAUAUAUGGUGAAUUUUGGACGAAAUCAUUUCGUUAUUUAGCUGUGUGCUAUGAUUCGUCGGUGACAUUUGAGAAGCGAAUGGAUGAAUUACGUUUACUAUGGUCCUGGGAUUUAUCAGAUUUAUAA